AUGGUUUCGUCACUGCUUUCAGAAAUCACAGACUUUGCAGAACUCUUUGUUGAGUUGUCAUCACUUUUACCAAAAGAGUCUUUAGAUGUAUGGCUCACAUCUCUUGGGAUUGUCUGUGUUUGUGAAGAGUCUUCUGAUGUAUUGCUGAUAUCUUUUGAAGCCAUCGAUAUCUGUGACGAGACAUCGGUUGACGAUUUUCUGACUGAAUGCUACGAUUGGGUCCUCAUAUUGAGAUUCCUGAAGCCUCCAGAAUCCCGAUAUGGACUCUUAGGGCCGAGUGGUUGUGGGAAGACUACACUUUUAAAGCUAAUAUUAGGAUUAAAUAAAUCAAAGAGUGGUACGAUUGAAGUCAAUGGACGCCCACCGCUACACCCUUUGAAUCACAUACCGGGCGUUGGAGUUGGGUUUCAACCGCAGGAAAUAGCUCUCUAUCGGGAGUUCUCAAUCAGAGAGACACUCAACUAUUUCGCUCAGAUCUAUGGCAUGCAAAACAGUCUUAAGCUGAAGAGAAUUCAGUUCCUCAUUGACUUCCUUUCACUUCCAGAUCCCGACCAAAGAAUUAAAAAUUUGAGUGGUGGUCAACAGCGAAGAGUUUCUCUGGCCGUAGCCAUCGUCCACAGCCCACCCUUCCUCAUACUGGAUGAGCCCACCGUAGGAGUGGAUCCCUUAUUAAGAGAGCGGGUUUGGGAACAUUUGGUGCAACUUUCAAAUGUGGAGAAGACAUCAAUACUGAUAACAACCCAUUAUGUAGAGGAGGCCCGAAGGGCACACGUGAUCGCACUCAUGAGGUCGGGUAGUCUUCUGGUGGAACAGUCGCCACAAUAUCUACUCAAUCACUACAAUGUCAUCACAUUAGAGGAGGUCUUUCUGCUCGUAUGUAAGGCUCAAGAGUUGGACAAAUCAAAGCCAAUGCCUAAGAGUUUUAUGGAGACGACUGACAACAAACAGAUUGAUUUGAAAAGAAAGCAUUCAUUUGUGACACAAAAGAAAUUAAAUUUAGAGCCGAGUCAUUGCAAACGAGUGACCAGUCUUAUGAAAAAAGACUACAUAAAGCUUACAAGAAAUCUAUUGAUAUUAAUCUUUCAAAUCCUAAUCCCGACCGUUUCGAUGACACUAUUCUGCAUAUGUAUCGGUCAAUUGCCACUCAAUCUAAAGGUUGCCGUUUAUAAUGAGGAGGACUUCUUCAAUGGCACUCAACACUUGUGCCAAUACAACAAUUUAAGCCAUUAUUUCUUCGAGUCCAUUGAUCCUAAAAUAAUUCAUUUAAUUUAUUUCAAUUCAAAAGAGAAAGCAUUGGAUUCUGUGAGACGAAGCGAUUCAUUUGCGGCACUAGUGAUGGACAGGUAUUUCAGUGCCGCUCUCUGUAACAGAAUGGAUGAUAUAAACUAUAUCAAGAACAGUACCAUCUAUUACUUCGGAGACUUUACUGACAUAACAAUAUUCGAUACAAUACUGCGAGUCUUACACAACUCUGUCUUACUGUUUACCCAAAGAGUGAGCCAAACCCUAAAGGCUAACCUUCCCGCUAAUGAAACUGAAAACUUUAGACCGGAAUCGUUGAGCCCUUUACUAGAAAUCGGUGAACCAAUUUACGGGUCAACGAAAACCACAUUCAGAGACUUUAUGGCCCCGGGAAUGAUGAUCGCCAUUAUAUUCAUAUUAGCCGUCGGUUUGACUGCACUUUCAUUUGUGACCGAAAAGAAAGAGUCACUUCUGGACCGCACUCUUAUGACAGGCGUUAAGAUCUAUGAAUUCCUUUUCGCGCAGAUUUUCGUUCAAAUAUUCGUCAUUUGCAUUCAAAUCACAUUUUUAAUGCUCAUUAUAUUCCCUAUAUUUGCAAUUGAAAACAAAGGACAGGUAGCCCUAAUCGUAGCAAUUAAUGUAUUACAAGGCGUCACUGGAAUGACUUAUGGUCUACUGAUAUCAAGUGUGACACCGGAUGAACAGUCAGCCUUAAUGGUAGCUUUCGGCUCAUUCUUCCCCAUUAUCUUACUGUCCGGUGUUUUCUGGCCCAUCGAAGGCAUGAUAAGUCAAUUGCAAACAGUUAGUCAAUUAUUGCCACAAACUUUGGCUGUGAUAUCGUUGAGAAAUAUUAUGCUUAAAGGCUAUAUCAAAAGUCAUUUAUGCUAUGACGAGGAUGAAGAUGAUGAUUCCGAGUGGUAUCAGGAUAGACAUAUUAUAGGACCCAGAGCAAGAGCUUUGAUAUUAAAAAGAGGGCCCAACGGCAUCGGCAUCACAAUAUCGAGUGGUGUGGAUAAGGAUAAGAAGAUAACAGUUCCCAAUUGUGGCACAACUAUCGGCGGAUCGGACGCCCGGACGGUCGGCGGAUCGGACGCCCGGACGGGUCAGUUCCCGUGGAUUGUACUCAUAGAGACCAAUAGAGUCCCAUUCUGUGGCGGGACUAUACUCAAUGAGAAAUGGAUUGUCUCUGCGGCCCAUUGUUUCAAAGGCCGCACUUCGCCCAAAGAGAGUGACCAGGGUGUGUAUUACAAAAUAUCCAAAUUGGUUAUUCAUGAUAAGUACAAUUGGGAUGGAAUGGAGAACUCGGAUUUGGCUUUACUUAAGACGGCUUCCCCUAUCAAAAUGGAAAGGGACGGAGAGAUAGACCUUAUCAACGGAGUAUGUCUUCCACACAAACCACACGAGGAGCCCAUAAGCAAUAAGAUAAUAGUGGCCGGGUGGGGGCGGGUGGGCGAGAACCAGGACCCCUCACGGACUCUCAAAUAU